ACUCGGUAACUCGGAAACGCAGAUCUACCAAAAUUCGUAUUCCACGAUGUCCUAUGGGAACGAAUAUUAAUUUUGAAAAUACGCGGCACUCGCUUCCGUCUCGUAACAUCCUCCCUCAAACCAUUGGUAUUUAAAGAACCCAUCCAUCUAAAUUGCUAUUAUAUUCGCACAGGAUUGAAGAUGCGAGGGGUGGACAUUUAUAUGCGAUAUACUCGCAGAACGUCACCAGAUUUGAUCGUGUUGAUCGCCUGAUCGCAAUAUUCGAUAAUUAUCUCCAACAUCGCAGAUCUGCAACCGGUUCCCGAAACAUGUCCACAUUGUCGGUAUCGUUUUAAAAGUUUACGAAAUGAGAGUUCACGCGAGGAACACGAAAAUCUGCGAUUACGAAGAGGACGUCACCGAACUGAUUAAUCUUUUCAAGGCCCGUGGAAAUAUUUCGCCUCCACGGAUUGUACGAUACCGAUAACCAGAUUGGUGUUUGAUUUAUCUUAUACAUAAUGCCACCUAGCCGGUUGGACGCCGUUUAUAGGAGCAUCCUACUCACAAAAUUCUUCACAAAGGGUUGGGGCAGUCCUCAGAAUUUGAAAAGGAUUUUUGAAUUCAGAAAAGUUGUUGCCAACAGAGAGAAAUGUUACAAUCUUAUCCCCCGUGAUUACCCAAUCAAUAUUACUAAGGAUGAGGAAUGGUCAGACUGUCACAUAAUAGAAGGUUGUUUUCAAAGUCCUUUUGAUAAACACCUUCCUGGCAUUAUGCCAAAUGAAACAAUAACUGCACAAUUUCAAUUGGUUUUACCACGUAGAUGGCACUCCCACAAAACAAAACCUAUUUGUUUACACCUUGCUGGCACAGGAGACCAUUUUUUUUGGAGAAGGAGAAACUUGAUUGCCAAACCACUCCUCAAGGAAUCUGGAAUUGGGUCUUUAUUGUUGGAAAAUCCAUUUUAUGGGUCGCGAAAACCUCAGAAUCAAACACGUUCUAGUUUACAUAAUGUAUGUGAUAUCUUCAUCAUGGGAGGAUGUUUAAUAAUGGAAUCGCUUGUUUUAUUAAAUUGGUGCGAGCAGCAGGGCUUUGGGCCCUUGGGGUUAACAGGAUUAUCAAUGGGCGGCCAUAUGGCUUCUUUAGCAGCUACAAACUGGCCAAAGCCCAUACCGCUAGUUCCUUGUCUGUCAUGGUCUACAGCAUCACCAGUGUUCACUCAAGGAGUAAUGAGUGCUUCAAUUAACUGGACGCUCUUAGAAAACCAAUUUUAUUCAAACGAACUUUAUCAAAACGAUCUCGCCAAGAUGGUGAGGGUUGUAGGUGAGGAGGAUGCGUUCCUAGCUGGUCAACAUUUUGCUCAACAUUAUUCAGCAAGUAUGGAACGGGUUAUCGAAUUGGAAGGAACAUCUGAAAAUGCUAAUCAAAAUUCAGAUACGUCCAAGAACAAUCAAACUGUGAUUGAAAACAAGUUAAAGAAUGGUUGUGAUACUAAAAUUGAAGACAAUAAUCUGAAGAAGCAAGCCGCAGAAGGGAAAACAGCGACUAAAAUAUUCCCUUUAAAUCUCAUCUCUGACAGAUUUAAAUUUAAAGAUUCAAACGCUCUCAAAGGAGUUUGUUUAUUGCCAGUGUCGAGGCAUCCAUUAUUUUCGGACUAUAAGUGGCGCGAACGAGAAGCUUUACAAUUCAUGUGCGGAAUAAUGGACGAGUGUACGCACUUGAAAAAUUUCGAAGUACCUGUUGAUACUGAACUUAUUAUCGCUGUGUGCGCAAGGGAUGAUGCAUAUGUGCCUCGCGACAAUUGCAUGAGCUUAGAGAAAAUCUGGCCAGGUGUUGAGAUUCGUUACAUCAAUGCAGGACAUAUAACUGCGUAUUUGCUGCAUCAAAAAGUGUUUAGAUCUACCAUAAUGGAAGCAUUUCAGCGAUCUCUCAAGAAGUAUCCUUUACAAUUCAUUUGAUAUAUACGUGCAAUUUUAUCAAAUAAUAUUUUAUAGUACGAGAAAUCGUAUAUGAAGCAAAAACAUUUCUGAAUCACUAUAUUUUUAAUAUACAAAUUUCGUGAUGUCGCAAAUGUUUUUCUUACUUUUUGAAAGAUAUAUAAUUUCUGUUACGAGUUAUUUGGACAUUCUUAUAAGACAAUACAGAUAAAUGUAACUUCAUAUUCUUGAUGUAUGUAAUAAUGGCCUAAUGUUAUUAUAAAAAAGGAAAAAACAAUGUGUAACAAAUACCCAACGAAAUGCAAAUAAAUUGUAAUAUAUUGUGUAAAAAAUGUAUAAUAAAAAAAUACACAGCA